AUGGUCGGUCCCGAUCUUGGCAGUGAUGAUUCGCCGCGAUCGUCGGUGAAUUCGCAUGAAUGGGCUGCUCUGCUGGAGGAUGACGCCGCAAAUCAACAACUUCUGCGUCACGCCCAGGAUUGCUAUGAAAAACUGCAAGUGUACGUGGACAAGGCUGUACAGGCUCGAAUGAUGGUGGACGAAUCUUCGAUGUCUGCGGAGCACAAGCGCAUUGCGAUGGCACAGAUGGAGAAAAUGACCCAGAAGAUUGUGGAAAAGUUAAUACCGGGAGCAAGGUCAGUACCGAAUUUGAAGAGGAAUAUG